AUAUACACGCAGUACUUAAAUACGCUGUAUCAUGUUUACAAUAAAUCCAUGCAUGAACUGGCAUCAAUUUCGUCAUGGUUCAAUUACUUACAUUCAUCCACAUGUUUACAUGUACAUAUUUGCCUAGCUGGUGGACCAAGGUCUUUAGGAAAAAGGCGGCAAGUUGGGUUUGAUGAGAGCGGGCGGCCUGUGAUUUAUUCCAAUUUCAGACAAGCGGCGACUCACCGAUACAGCGCCGAGGACUCCAUCACCCACGUGUCCUACAUCAUCGAGAACGCCAAACUUACCAUGAAACCCGGCAUCAGUACCUGGGUAUUUGUGGUGGAUUGUUCAGGUAUGUCGCUUCCUCUAUGCAAUCCCAAACUCGGCUACGGCGUCACACAGACCCUGGCUGACCACUACCCAGAGAGACUCGGAAUGGUGAUUUGUUUGAAUCACAACACCGUGUUUCACGCAGUAUGGAAAGCCAUCAAAGUAUUCGUUCAUCGAAACACCGCAUCGAAGGUGAACUUAGUUCGUUCGAUGUCUAAAGUAAAAGAGCUUUUCCACGAAUAUUUUUCUGACGAAUUAACAAAUUGGUUACUCGAUGAGAUAAAACUAAACAAGAAAGGACCACUUUGCAAUAGCCAGCAAAGAUUCUGGGAACGACCUGCCAAAAAAGGCUCCCAUGAUCCUCGUGGGUGUCCGUCUUAUGUGGCCGAAUACGUGGAUAACUAUAUGGAAAAGAAAGAAACGUCCAAUCAGCGCGUGCACAGACCUUUCCCAACUAUGAUUGACAGUUUGUCUGGUAAAUGUUGUAAGGUUCAGUCUAAUUCUUCAAGGGACGAGGCUUCUUUGAGUGACGUCAGCGGAACCAGUAGUGACUGUGAACUAGAUUCUGAUAAAGCAGACGACAUAGAAAUUCCAGACGAGUUCAAAAUUGACAACAGUGCUGUAAAACAAAUCAGUGUGUCAUAAUCUUUGUUAAUAAUUAAAUCUGGAUUUAUC